AUGAAGUCAUUAUUUUUAAAUUUUAUAUUUUUAUUAAUUUUUUUGGGGAGAGUAUUUUGUCAAACAUGUCCAGCAGGAACAACAUUAGCUAAUGGAGCAUGUGUUAAACAAGUUAUAACUCAAAUUACUACAGCCACUUGUAGAUCAGGUUCAAAGAGUGAUUUUUACUGGUUAUCAGGUUCUGCAAAUCCAUGUCCAUCCGGAUGGUCAGUGGAAUACCCAGUCAGAACUGCACCAAUUACAAAUAAUCAAUUAACUUGGUAUUGGUGUGUAGACAUUUUAGAUGUUGGAGGCUUCACUACAGAAGUUCUUUUCUCAUCAGUGCUAAAUUGUGGUGGUUAUCAAGCCUAUACAAUUGGUACAAUCACCUUCUCAACAACCAAUAGAUAUUUGGUUGUUUCAUUUUGUUCAAAUCAAGGUGAUAUGGUUGAAUCAAAUUCUAAACCAAUAACAUCUGAUGCUACUAAAAAUUUAUGUACAAAAGGAAAAGGAACAAUCACAGAUGUUAGGUACCUAGAAAUUUAUUCAGCAGUUUGUCCAAGCGGUUAUACAGGAACAGCUCCUUCAUGCACAGAUAUAAAUGAAUGUUCAACUUCAAAUGGUGGUUGUGCUCAUAAUUGUGCAAAUACAGCAGGUAGUUUCACAUGUUCUUGUAGAGCAGGUUACACAUUGAAUAGUGAUAAAAAAUCUUGUACAGAUAUAAAUGAAUGUUCAACUAAUAAUGGUGGUUGUAAUCAAGUUUGUACAAAUUCAGCAGGUAGUUUCGCAUGUUCAUGUAGAGCAGGUUACACAUUAGGUACUGAUAAAAAGACUUGUGUAGAUAUAAAUGAAUGUUCAACUAAUAAUGGUGGUUGUGCUCAUAAUUGUGCAAAUACAGCAGGUAGUUUCACAUGUUCUUGUAGAGCAGGUUACACAUUGAAUAGUGAUAAAAAAUCUUGUACAGAUAUAAAUGAAUGUUCAACUAAUAAUGGUGGUUGUAAUCAAGUUUGUACAAAUUCAGCAGGUAGUUUCGCAUGUUCAUGUAAUGCAGGUUAUUCAUUAGGUACUGAUAAAAAGACCUGUACAGAUAUAAAUGAAUGUUCAACUAAUAAUGGUGGUUGUAAUCAAGUUUGUACAAAUUCAGCAGGUAGUUUCGCAUGUUCAUGUAAUUCAGGUUAUUCAUUAGGUACUGAUAAAAAGACUUGUGCAGAUAUAAAUGAAUGUUCAACUAAUAAUGGUGGUUGUAAUCAAGUUUGUACAAAUUCAGCAGGUAGUUUCUCAUGUUCAUGUAAUUCAGGUUAUUCAUUAGGAACUGACCAAAAGACUUGUGCAGAUAUAAAUGAAUGUUCAACUAAUAAUGGUGGUUGUAAUCAAAUUUGUACAAAUUCAGUUGGUAGUUUCUCAUGUUCAUGUAAUUCAGGUUAUUCAUUAGGUACUGAUAAAAAGACCUGUACAGAUAUAAAUGAAUGUUCAACUAAUAAUGGUGGUUGUAAUCAAGUUUGUACAAAUUCAGCAGGUAGUUUCUCAUGUUCAUGUAAUCAAGGUUAUUUAUUAGGUACUGACCAAAAGACUUGUGCAGAUAUAAAUGAAUGCGAUCAAAAAAUAUGUGGUACUGCAAACUGUACAAAUACAGUGGGAAGUUAUCAAUGUUCAUGUCCAAGUGGUUACUCAUUUACAGGUUCAAGUUGUGUAGAUAUUGAUGAAUGUUCAACUAAUAAUGGGGGUUGUGCACAAGUUUGUACAAAUUCAGCAGGUGGUUUCUCAUGUUCAUGUAAUUCUGGUUAUAUAUUAAGUACUGAUAAAAAGAAUUGUAAUGAUAUAAAUGAAUGUUCAACUAAUAAUGGCGGCUGUAGUCAAGUUUGUACAAAUUCAGCAGGUAGUUUCUCAUGUUCAUGUAAUUCAGGUUAUUUAUUGAGUACUGAUAAAAAGACUUGUACAGAUAAAAAUGAAUGUUUAACUAAUAAUGGUGGUUGUACACAAGUUUGUACAAAUUCAGUUGGUAGUUUCUCAUGUUCAUGUAAUUCAGGUUUUAUAUUAAAUUCAAAUAAAUUAUCAUGUGAUGAUAUAAAUGAAUGCGAUCAAAAGAUUUGUGGAACUGCAAAUUGCACUAAUAUACCAGGAAGUUAUCAAUGUUCAUGUCCAAGUGGUUAUUCAUUUACUGGUUCAGGUUGUAUUGAUAUAGAUGAAUGCGAUCAAAAGAUUUGUGGCACUGCAAAUUGUACAAAUUCACCAGGAAGUUACCAAUGUUCAUGUCCAAGUGGUUACUCAUUUACAGGUUCAAGUUGUAUUGAUAUUGAUGAAUGUUCUGCUGAUAAUGGUGGUUGCAGUCAAAUUUGUACAAAUUCAGUUGGUAGUUUCUCAUGUUCAUGUAAUUCAGGUUUUACAUUAAAUUCAAAUAAAUUAUCAUGUGAUGAUAUAAAUGAAUGUGAUCAAAAUAUUUGUGGAACUGCAAAUUGUGCAAACUCUCCAGGAAGUUAUCAAUGUUCAUGUCCAAAUGGUUACUCAUUUACAGGUUCAGGUUGUAUCGAUAUUGAUGAAUGUUCUACUGAUAAUGGUGGUUGUAGUCAAAUUUGUACAAAUUCAGUUGGUAGUUUCUCAUGUUCAUGUGAUUCAGGUUAUACUUUAAAUGUUGAUAAUAAAAAGUCUUGUGAUGAUAUUGAUGAAUGUAUUUCAAAUAAUGGUGGUUGUGAUCAAAAAUGUGCAAAUAUUCCAGGUAGUUUCGGAUGUUAUUGUAACUCAGGUUUUGCAUUAAAUAAAAAUAACAAAACAUGUGAUGACAUUGAUGAAUGUUCAACUAAUAACGGUGAUUGUGGACAAAUUUGUAUAAACCAAAUAGGUAGUUACCAAUGUUCAUGUAAUUUAGGUUUCACUUUAAAUCAAAACAACAAAAAUUGUGAUGAUAUUGAUGAAUGUUUAACUAAUAAUGGUGAUUGUCAACACGUUUGUAAAAACUUACAAGGUAGUUUCCAAUGUUCUUGUAAUUCAGGUUAUUUAUUAAAUCAAGACAAUAAAAAAUGUGAUGAUAUUGAUGAAUGUUCUACUGAUAAUGGUGGUUGUAUUCAAGUUUGUACAAAUUCAGUUGGUAGUUUCUCAUGUUCAUGUAAUUCAGGUUUUACAUUAAAUGAAAAUAAAUUAUCAUGUGAUGAUAUUGAUGAAUGUGAAAAUGGUGAUAAUAAAUGUGUUGGUGAAUUUACUUCUUGUCAAAAUACCGAUGGUUCCUAUUCAUGUAUUUGUCCAUCGAAUGGAUUUUCAAAUAAUAGUACCUAUUGUGAAGAUAUUAAUGAAUGUUUAUCAAAUGAAUUGAAUGAAUGUAGUUCAAAUACAAUUUGUGAAAAUAGAAAUGGUAGUUAUGUUUGUCAAUGUAAUCCAUCAGAUUAUUCUCAUUCAUCUCCAUUUACAUGUGAACCAAAACCUAUCAUUACAAAUUUUUAUCAAAAACCAUUCAGAUCCAAUAUAUUUGUUGUUCAAGGUAUCAAUUUCGUAGAGUUUGAUACAAAGGUUACAAUUGGUGAAAUGAUUUGUGAUUAUGUUACUGGUAAUGAUACAUAUACUGAAUGUUCAAGUAGAGAAGGUAAAGAAGUUAUUGGUAAUGUUAUAGUUGAAGCAAAUAACAUUUUAUCAGAUCCUUUCAAUUUUAUUGGUGCACCAUAUAUUGUUAGUUAUUCACAUAAUCCACCAACUAUUGGUAAUGAUUUAAUUACAAUAACUGGUAGAAAUCUCCCAACUUUAGGUUUAGUUGAAAUAAUUAUCAACUCAAUUAAUUGCCCAGUAUCCCAAAUAAUAUCAAAUGAACAGAUUACUUGUACAAUUGGUCAAGGUUCAGGUAGUUACAAUUAUAUUAGAUUAUAUAAUGAAUCUGUAACAAACACAGAUACAACCUAUAUAACCUAUGCAAAUCCAAUUAUUAAAUCAACAUCAAACGUCUAUUCAAGUGGUGGUAUUUUAACAGUUUUUGGUGAAAACUUUGGUUUGGUAACUAAAUCUUUUGCUACUCUUAGUGUUGGUAAUAAACAUUGUAGUAAUGUUGAAAUUAAAUCUCAUACAGAGUUAACUUGUGAAUUAGAGUCAACAUCUGUUAUUUACUCUCAAUUAAUUGAUUUGGUUGUUGAUAAUUUACCAGUUGCCAAUGAUUACUAUUUCACUUACUCAACAUUGGAAGAUACUCGAUGCCCAUUGGAUUGUAGUGGAAAAGGUCAAUGUACUCCAAGUGGUUGUGUUUGUGAUAUUGGUUUCACUGGUCUUUCAUGUAAUGAAACUCGUGCAGAAAUUGAUCCAAUCCCACCAACAGUCGAUGUUCCAUCAAUUAAUGUUGGUAGCAAUAAUAGUGAAAAUGGAUUUGGUUAUAAAAUCACCAUCAUUAGAAUUGAAGAAUUAGAUAUUAAUGAUCAAGUUGAAGUUUCAAUCGAUUUAUUACAAUCUAAAUGGGGUCGUCAUUCAUCAACUAAUCAAUGGACUUUCAAUAUUACUCUUGAAAAUCAAUCUUAUUUGGAAGCAACAUUUGAAUACUUUAAACAAUCACGUAAUAUUACCUUUGCUUCAAACUCUUUUGUAAUUCCAUCAGAAUCAAUUAAACUUUCAUUCAAAACUCAAAAAUGGCCAUUCCUUAGAAAAUUAAAUUCCCUUAGAAUCGUUGUUCAAACUGAAACUCUUUUAUUGAAUGAUGAUGCCAAUCAAUGUUCAAUUGAUGGACCAACCGUUUCAACUUAUAAUCAACAUCUUUGGACAACCACUGAAAAUCCUGAAACUGGUAUGAUCACAAGAUUCAUUUCCUAUGCAUCAGUUGAUGGUCAUCCAGUUAUUGCACAUAUUGAAUCUUUAGAAUCACCAUCUAGAACCACUUCUGUGAUUGGUAUUUCCGUACCAUACUUUAAAAAUGAAUCAUUAAUUGAUCCAGAUUUUGGUAUGCUCUUAAAUGUCAAUAAUAAACCAACUGGUAUAUGUGAAGAUGAUAAAACUGUCGAUUGGAAAUUAGCAACUGGUGUAUCAAUUGGUGGUGCUGCUGCUGUUGCAAUUGCUGGUAUAGGUGCUUUUGUAUUUAGAGAUAGAAAGAAAAAGAAACAAUUAAAUACUAUGCUAAAUAAAAAAAUAAAUAAAUAA